CCAAUACUACUUGCUUCGCAAGCCUUUCCAUCUUUUUCCCGGUCCAUUUGGCCACCCUACAAAUUUGCCUGCUAAACAAUCUCCUCCUCUUUCAGGCCACAAAAAAUGUUUAUACUUGUCAAAAAUCCAAAUUUCCUCUUGUCUGUUCUCUAAAGGUUGUCGCUUGUAUGCUAGUGCAGUAGUGGCUUCAAAAUUUCGAAAAAACAGAAAUUGUUCGUGAUACAUUUACUCCGAGUCCGAGGAGAGACGAAUCACACGCCAUACAAAACGAGCUCACUCUCACUUAUUUAUUGAUGGCAUGGGAUUUUGCUAAGUAAAUCAUUUUUUCUGAUAUUGCGCUAUAGAAGCACUCGUCGUCUUACAUUUCCGUUUUCAGCUGCCAUGGCUGCAUUCUUGAAAGCUCAUGCGCACUUUCAGAGCUACGAACAUGGAAACAAUGAAGGGAUUGAAAAACCCAAAUUAGGGGAUUUGGAAAUCUCUAAUCCUUGUUGGUAUUCUCCUGAAACAGGGAUAUACCGAAGCAAAUACCCUAUUGUCAACUUGCCUUCUGAGACUUUUCUUGAUGUUGUUUCUUUUAUCUUCUCAAAAGAACACCGUGGGAUUCAUGCACUCAUUGAUUCUUCAUCUGGGCUCACAGUUUCUUACUCCAAGCUUUUCAAUUUGGUAAAAUCCAUGGCUUCUGGUUUGCACAAAAUGGGUGUGAAUCAAGGUGAUGUAAUCUUGAUUUUGCUGCCAAAUUCUGUCUGCUUCCCUUUGAUUUUCUUGGGUGCACUGAGUAUUGGAGCAACUGUGACCCCCAUGAAUCCUCUGAGCAGCUUGCUAGAGAUAAAAAGGCAGGUUCUUGAUUGUAAUGCCUCUUUUGUCUUUGCUGCUUUUAGUAAAGUUGAUGAAUUGGUUUGCCAAUUGAAAGGGUGCCACGUAAUUGGUGUGCCAGAGGUUUUGGAUGUCAACAAUGUGCCUAAUGAUGGCACUGUUUUUCACAAUCUGGUUUCAAGCGAUCCUAAUUUGGCUCCGAGGCCUAAGAUUACACAACAGGAUGUUGCUGCUAUUUUGUACUCAUCGGGCACUACUGGUAGGGCUAAAGGAGUUAUGCUGACACAUGGGAACUUUAUCUCCACGAUAGAACUUUUUAUGAGAUUUGAAGCCUCUCUCUACAAUUAUCCGCCAAUGGAUAAUGUCUACCUGGCAGUUGUGCCUAUGUUUCAUGUGUAUGGGCUAUCUCUUUUUGCUUUGGGGCUGUUGUCAUUGGGUUGUACUGUAGUCACAAUGAGAAAAUUCGAUUUAGAUGAAAUGGUGAGAGCUAUUGAUAAAUAUGGUGUGACUCACAUUCAUGCUGUGCCGCCUUUACUGAUGGCAUUGACUAGGAGAGCCAAAAGAGAUGGGAAUAAUGGUUUUAGGAGCUUGAAACAAGUAUCUUGCGGAGCUGCCCCACUGAGCGAGAAAAGCAUAAAUGAUUUUAACGAGGCGCUCCCUCACGUUGAUUUCAUUCAGGGUUAUGGCAUGACUGAGUCGACUGCAGUGGGCACUCGUGGCCAUAAUACCACUGAGGUUCGUAAGUAUUCAUCUGUUGGACUUUUGUCUCCAAAUGUUGAAGCUAAAGUGGUGGACUGGGUCACGGGCUGUCAUUUACCUCCAGGGUCCGUUGGUGAGCUUUGGUUGCGCACGCCUGGGAACAUGAAAGGGUACUUGAAUAACAUUGAAGCAACUAUGGCUGCACUUGGCAAAGACGGUUGGCUGCAUACUGGGGACAUCGUAUAUUUCGAUCAAGAAGGAUACUUAUAUGUAAUUGACCGCUUAAAAGAGGUCAUAAAGUACAAAGGCUUCCAGGUUGCUCCUGCUGAUUUAGAGGCAGUUUUGAUGUCCCAUCCUGACGUGCUCGAUGCAGCAGUGAUGGGUGCUAGAGACGAAGAAGCUGGGGAAAUUCCAGUGGCGUUUGUGGUCCUGAAAGAUGGGAGUUGCGCCUUACAAGAAGGUAAGAAAGGUAUAUUUUCGUGCCUCAAUACCAAGGUCAGCUUCGGGGAAAAUCCUCAGAAGGGAACUAAGGGCACCUACAAUCUCUCCAUUCUCGACCCACCUCACUUUCACAGCUCCACAAACCCACCACCACAUUCAUCCUCCGCCACCGCCGCCGCCGCCGCCGCCGCCGGAAAAUCAGCAAUGAAGACGCAGAGCAAGAUUCAGCACCGAUCCCCAUCGAGAAAAUCCCCCAGAUUCUCAUCUCCUUCUUCCACUCACGUUUCGGCCCGAUCUGAGCCCAAAACCAGAGCCAAAGCCAAAUCCCGGCCCGAAUAUGCAUUGGCCCUGUCCCUGCAUGUGGUGGAGCAGGUUCCCCUUGACACCUGCUAUCCUUCAAACGAACAUGACAAACCCGUCCUUAGAUCGUCGAGAUUCACCGCCAAUAAGUACAGAACUCCGCCGUCAAAGGCCGCCGGACCAAAAUCCCGCCCUGCAUUGACUUUGACGUACGGCGAGAAUGUGGGUCCCGCCGAGAAACGGCACUUGCUUCUGGAGUAUGGAGAUUCUGCGGGUCGGGUUCAGAAGAGGACGAAAGUGGAUCCGGGCCAAACGGUUCUGAGGAGGUCUUACAGGUUGAAAGAGUGUGUGAAAGGAAAUUCAGCCCCCACUCGACUGCUGGCAUUGCCCGAGUUGAGUGGUAAAGCUGCGAAAAAGUGCUUUUUGAGCGAAAAGUGCUUGAGGUCGAGAAGCAUUUUGAUGCAUAAGGUGGAGAAGGCUUCUACCAAUGAACAAUGUUAUGAUUUACGUUUGAAGUGCUUGGGGCCUCCUUUGAUUAAGCAUGCAUCGGCAAAAUCGCGUGAAGUUAAGGAGAAAAGGCUUUCGAGAAGUGGUUCUAGUGGGAAAUGCUUGAGAUCAAGAAAUGUGAGAACGAGUGUAGGAGAUGAGAAAGAGAAGGGGAAGAAAAGUAGUUCCAAGAAAAGCGGUGGAGAUUUUGGCGUAAAUGGGAAGCAUUUAAGGUCUGAGGAAUCAGGGCUUGCUUUAAUUGAGUGGUCCGGAAGUUCGAGGAAUAUUGUUGAAAGCCCAAAAAGUGAGAUGCAUGCACUGUCUGAAAAAAGUACCUUUUCAAAAAAUGAGUGCUCCAGAAUAACAAGAAGUGUGAGAAGGCAAUUGCGGAAAGAAAUGUUGGAGGGAGGUAGUUCUGUGCUUGAACUACCUGAAAUCUCAAUAAAUCCAAGAAGUAGAUCAAAGAAGUCUCAUAAAGGUCAUGAUGACAGCUCAAAAGGUGAGAAAAUUGCGGCUUCAAGUGAGGAAAAACGCUUAGAGUUGAGAAAUGUUGAAAUGCAUGUGCAGAAGGAAAGCUCUGAGAGAGAAGGUUCUGUGUUGAAUGAGAAGGGCUCACUGUCUCCGAAAAUAGAGUCUAUUCUAAACGAACUGUUUGGUGCUACUGACGAGAUGGAUGCGGAGAAUUGUGAUUCGGUUGUGCAGAGUGAAAAGCGCCCAAAGUCUUGCAAUGUUGAGUGUGAAGAGAACACAUAUGAAAAAUCUGGGAAAUCGAUGGAUGGAGUUGAACGGCCAGGUUCUUCCAGUAGAAAAGGUAAUGCGGAUAAAACCGUAAAAGAAUAUGAGGGAAAGGAGAAGAAGGUUGUGUGCUGUUUUGUAGGGGAGCCAAUUCCGGAAGAAGAAGCUCAGAAGAAGUGGCAGUGGCGAUACGAUUUAAAGAGCAAGAAAAAAGGCAAAGGCUGGAAAAUAAAUGCGGAUGAAGAAGAUGAGAUCAUAUUGAACGUGUCUUGCCAUUAUUCUCAAGCCAGAGUUGGUAACUGUCUUCUGGAUAUUGGAGAUUGUGUGUGUGUAAAGGGUGAAGGACCAAAGAAACACAUCGGCCGAAUCUUGGAAUUUUUCAAAACAACGCUAGGAGAAGACUACUUUAGAGUCCAAUGGUUUUUCAGGGCUGAAGAUACAGUCCUCAAGACCACUGCUUCAUCACAUGACAAAAGGCGGUUAUUCUACUCCACUUUGACGAACGACAACCUAUUAGAUUGCAUCAUAUCAAAAGUUAAUGUUGUUCAAAUACAGCCCACGGUAUCCCUAAAAUCGAAGAAUAUUCAGUCAGCUGCAUUUUAUUACGACAUGGAAUACUGUGUGGAUUAUUCAACAUUUCGAACCUUGGUUAAAGACUUUUCAGAACCUCCUACCGAGAGCCAAUCACUUUUGUCGAAUUUGACCUGUCUUGAUGAAAAACCGAUUACUGUGAUGCCUUUGCCGGUUUUGCCGGAUAUUAAAUCUACAGAACGAGAAUUAGCCUUACUUGAUCUCUACUCUGGCUGUGGUGGAAUGUCAACUGGACUAUGUCUUGGUGCCAAACUUUCUGGUGUGAAUCUCGUGACGAAAUGGGCCGUUGAUUUGAGUAGCUCUGCAUGUGACAGUUUAAGACUUAACCAUCCAGAAACCUAUGUUAGAAAUGAAUCAAUUAAUUAUUUUCUGAAGCUAUUAAAACAUUGGGAGAAAUUGUGCAAAAUGUACGUAUCCGACUUAGAUAGAACUCUUAGAUGUGAAUUAGAGGAUCCACUGGAACAUGAAGCCAAUACAACUCAAUCAGAAGAAGAGGAACCUUCUGGAGAAUAUGAGGUUUCACGUCUAGUCGAUAUUUGUUAUGGAGAUCCAAACGAAACUGGAAAGUGUGAGCUACACUUCAAGGUACGUUGGAAGGGAUACGGCCCAGAUGAUGAUACGUGGGAACCGAUCAACGGGCUGAGUAACUGCCGAGAGCGCAUACGAGAUUUCGUCGUCAAAGGGUUCAAAUCCAAAAUCCUCCCUCUCCCUGGUGACGCCGACGUCAUCUGCGGCGGCCCGCCUUGCCAGGGCAUCAGCGGUUACAACCGGUACCGCAACUUCGAGUCCCCGCUGGCUGACGAGCGCAACCGCCAGAUCGUCGUGUUCAUGGACGUGGUUGAGUUCCUUAAGCCGCGGUACGCCCUCAUGGAGAACGUGACCGACAUCAUCCGCUUCGACGGCGGCUCCCUCGCCCGCUACGCCCUCUCCCGCCUCGUCCGCAUGCGCUACCAAUCCAAGCUCGGCACCGCCGCCUCCGCCUGCUACGGCCUCCCUCAGUUCCGCCUCCGCCCCCCGGUCGUCCUCCGCGACUCCAUCUCCGACCUCCCGAAAGUUUCCAACGACGAGUCCCGAGAAGAAAUGGCGUACGACAAGCCUCCAGAGACGGAGUUCCAAUCCUAUGUACGGUCGGCGGGCGGUGGUCGUCUGUACGACCACAGGCCGUUGAGGCUGUCGGAGACGGAGUACAUGCGCGUGUGCCGGGUGCCGCGGAGGAAAGGGGGGAGUUUUCGGGAUUUUGCGGGGAUCGUAGUGGGGGAAGACAACGUGGUGCGGAGGGCGGAGGGGGCAGCGGUGAUGCUGCCCAACGGGAGGCCGCUGGUGCCGGACGGCGUGCUGAACUUCGAGGGGGGGAAGUCGAGGAGGCCGUACGCGAGGGUGUGGUGGGACGAGACGGUGUCGACUAUAGUGACGUUCCCGCAUGUGAGGGUGCAGGCGAUAGUGCACCCGGAGCAGGACAGGCUGCUGACGGUGAGGGAGUGCGCGAGGCUGCAGGGGUUUCCGGAUUAUUACAGGUUUUGCGGGACCAUCAAGGAGAGGUACCGGCAGAUUGGGAACGCGGUGUCGGUUCCCGUGGCGAGGGCGCUGGGAUAUGCGCUGGGGAUGGCGUGCAGGAAGCUGGUCGGUGACGGGCAUUUGAUGGUCUUGCCGCCCAAGUUUUGCUGUGCUGAGGGAUGA